AUGGUCGAGGCCCAAACUCUACGCUUCGGGUCCCAUGACCUUCAGGAACUCCUGGUCUGGCUGCCGGCACAACGGCCACCCUCGGAGAGCUGUGAGAGCUGUGAGAGCUCACGGUUCUGGAUCAUCCUCGUGCACGGCGGCGCCUGGCGCGAUCCGACGAUCACGCAUCUCAACUUCGCCGAACCCGCCGUGUCGAUUCUACUUUCUCCCUCAUCACCAGUUUCCUCGAUCCUCAAAACCCAGCACCGGUCGCUGGCUAUAGCGUCGCUAUCAUACAGGCUGUCGCCACACCCGUCGCAUCCACAGGACUGUGAAACCACCCCGGAGACUUCCCUCCGCAAUGCCCGCCACCCAGACCAUAUCGACGACGUGUGCGCCGGCCUGGCGCUGCUGAAGGAUAUGUACGGGUUGACAGAGCAAAACUACAUGUUGGUGGGCCAUUCAUGCGGCGCCACUCUCGCCUUUCAAGCCUUGCUGCGUUCUCGUUCCCGUUCUGGUCCUGGCUCUGACACUCUCUUUCCGUCGCCGGGAGCACUGGUUGGCUUGGCUGGAAUCUAUGAUCUGCGGCUCCUGCUGGACAACCACAAGGACGGCCUGUACGGCGACAUCUACACUUCCUUCAUCGAGGGUGCGUUCGGAAAGCGCAUGGAUGACUGGGACCGUGCUUCGCCCACCCAUUUCUCCGAGUCGGAUAUGUACUCUGGUCGCACUGUCCUGUUGGUCGCCGCGAGAGGGGAUGAGCUGGUGGAGCCAGAGCAGCGAGACGCAAUGAGGCGGACAGUCCUGGGUCCCGAGGCAAUGGAUUUGCCGGUGGAGGAGAAGUCAAGCGCGGGAGAAUCGGAAUCGGCCUUCUCUUUCGAGCACAAAGGCUGCAGAUACGCACAGAUGUCUGUGGACGGGGGCCAUGAUGACAUGUGGCUUGUCGGCCAGAGGAUCGUGGCUGCUAUUGAGAGGGCACUUCAGAUCAUGACGGCGCCAACCAUAUAA